ACCCUCGGCCGCGGAUCAGGGACCCCGGCCAGAAGAUAAAGCCCCUCCAGAAGGCGCUCGAGUUCCCCCGCCUGCUUUCCGCCUCAUGGGUGGCCCCGGGAACGGCAGCGACAGCCCGGCGGGCGCAGCCCCGGAGAGCCGGCAGUGGUCCCUGCCGCGGUGCGACGAGAGCCGCUGCUCUCCCUUCCCUCUGGGUGCCCUGGUGCCCGUGACCGCCGUGUGCCUGGCCCUGUUUGCCGUCGGGGUGAGCGGUAACGUGGUGACCGUGCUGCUGAUCCGGCGCUACCGGGACAUGCGGACCACCACCAACCUGUACCUGGGCAGCAUGGCCGUGUCCGACCUGCUCAUCCUGCUCGGGCUCCCCUUCGACCUGUACCGCCUGUGGCGCUCCCGACCCUGGGUCUUCGGCCAGCUGCUCUGCCGCCUCUCGCUCUACCUGGGCGAGGGCUGCACCUACGCCAGCCUGCUGCACAUCACGGCGCUGAGCGUGGAGCGCUACCUGGCCAUCUGCUACCCGCUGCGCGCCCGAGUGCUCAUCACCCGCCGCCGCGUGCGGACACUCAUUGCCGCGCUCUGGGCUGUGGCGCUGCUCUCGGCCGGCCCCUUCCUCUUCCUCGUGGGUGUCGAGCAGGACCCGGCCCCCGACGGGACGAAGGGCGGGACGCUGGCAGUCAACGGCACCUGGCCGGCCGCCCCCUUGCCCUCGGACACCAUCCAGCCGACUGCCCAGGCCUCCCCCGGGACGCCCACCCGCUACGCUCCGUCGGGGAGCGCGGCGGCGGCGGCGGCGGCCGCGAUGUUCAGCCGGGAGUGCCGGCCAAGCCGGGCUCAUCUGGGCGCCCUGCGCGUCAUGCUGUGGAUCACCACCGCCUACUUCUUCGUGCCCAUGCUCUGCCUCAGUGUUCUCUACGGACUGAUCGGGCGGGCGCUGUGGAGGAGCCGGGCUCCGCUGCGCGGGCCGGCAGCCACGGGCCGCGAGAAGGACCAUCGGCAGACCGUGCGGGUCCUGGUGGUGGUGGUUCUGGCAUUUAUAGUUUGCUGGUUGCCCUUUCAUGUUGGCAGGAUCAUUUACAUUAACACCGAAGAUUCCAGGACAAUGUACUUCUCCCAGUAUUUCAAUAUUGUGGCUCUGCAGCUUUUCUACCUGAGUGCAUCCAUCAAUCCUGUCCUCUACAAUCUCAUUUCAAAAAAGUACAGAGCAGCUGCCUAUAAACUCCUUCUUGCAAGACAAUCUGAGGAAAGUUCUAGAACCAGGGAUGGAGGAGGGGAGACUGGAGAAGAGACUGGAGCAGAAACAGCAGGCUACACUGACACCAGUACGAGCUUAAAAAAAGAGGCAGUCACCAGAAAGCCCAAGGAUGAUCCCUCGGCUCGCAACAGAGAUGGAGGGGAUUGUAGUUAGGGAAUGUGGUAAUGCCAUCAGAUAGAACCACUAUGUUAGUUGGUUUGGUUGAAAGGUUUUUCUGUUGUACUGUAAGUCUCUUGAAGGCAGGAACUGUUUUUGCUUUUGUUAUUGUAUCCCCAGACCCCAGCACAAAGACUGGAAUAAAUGGUUUAUUGAUUGAUUGUU